AUGCCUCCUAGGAAGGUGAAAGGAGCUGCUAAGGCUUCCCAUAAAUGCAGGGCAUCGACCCGGACCCCGAAAUCGCCCUCCCGUCUCCUUGAGGAUGCAGCCUCACCACCACCUACAAAUACAGUCUGGAGGGAAAAAAAGCCUGAGACAGUCAUCGAACUCGAAGACGAAGAUGCACCGGUUGAUACUAUCAGCAGAUUCGACGACUUCCAGGUCUUCAUUCUCGUCACCAGGGAAAAAAAACACAAGUACCCUCAAAUACCCUGGACGGUCAAUCCAGUCAGGUCUUGGGCCGACCAAAAGCAGCUUUUGAUCGAUGUCGCCCUCGAGGAGCUCCUUCAUGAUCAUAUGGUCGUCGAAGGCGUCAACAAAUACUCCCUGAAGCCCAACAUCAACUGGAAAGUCUGCUGUGGGAGGAGCCGGGAUGCACCAUGGUGUAGACUACGAACAGAGGACGACUGGGAAGCCUUCAUUGAUGCCGUCCACGUUGAGCGCCACACGCUCAAGGUCGAAUGGUCAGCUUUCAUCUUAAUCAAUACACAAUACUGCCCUACAAGGGCUGCUUCUCAACUCGAGUUUGACUAG